UUUAAACAAUUGUAAUUCUCUCCAUAUAAUUUCGUGAUCUUAUAAACUUCAUCAAAAAGAAAAUUGACGUUUUGAAAAUAAACCGGGAAAUAGUAGGCCUACCAUGACGUCAACGUCAUUUUAGCGACAGCAAAAUGUGAAACAAAAUGGCGGCGCCCAUUUCUUGGAAUGGCAUACCCGAUAUUGCUCUAAUUUUGAUUUAUUCAAGUCUUCCGGACCAAGAUAGGCUAAAUAUUGCAUGCACCUGUAAAAACUGGAACAGGUUAUUUUCUUCUGCAAAAUUAUGGCGUCACAGACGUGUUGUUUUCAACGCAAAAUCAUCGGAGGAGACGGCAGAAAGGGAGAUUAAAUUCCUUGAAAAGUUUGGACAUUGUCUGUACAGACUGACUUUAAAUCUAGGAAGACCAACAUUUAAGUCAUGUUUAACAAUAUCAAGAUCAGUAGAAAAAUACUUGAACCGAAUCUGUAGUCGAAAUGACAUCCAAAUUCGCGACUUGGACCUAGAAAGUUUGCACAUGGAACAACACUGGCAUUUCAUUUUGUCCAGAGGUAGGGUAGUUUCAGCAUUAAGCAAAAUGAUUCGGAAACAAAAAUUCUUAGAAUGUGUGUAUAUGGCCGGUACAAGAAUGAGACUAAUUGACGGUUGUAGGAUCUUAGAGGCUCUUGCAAAAGGCAGAACUAAAAACACAGUCAAGACGUUGUAUAUGGAGGACUUUUUUGAAACAAAUAUGUUUCCAUUUCGUACACAAAGAUACGUGAAUGCAAUGGCUAAAUUCCUGGCAUUAGAAGAGCUUCAUAUUAAUUACAGAUAUUUGAGCAGUGAAAUGUUAAGGAAUAUUGCUAACACACUACCUAAGCAUUUGGUAAACCUUUCUCUUGUUUUGGAAGGGGACAUUAGAGGAAUCGAAAUUCGAUCAGACGCUUGGAUGGAGUUUUCAGAAAAGUGCCCGCUGGCGACUGUAGGAGCUUAUCUUUGUACAACGAUUUUAAGAGGAAAUGAUUUGAGGACCGCUUUUGUUAGAGGGCUGCCAUUAAACCAGAUAUAUUUAACUUCGUGGGCAAGAGUAGAUGAAACGGAACAAAGACUUUCAAUAUUUCUGAGACAUCUUGGAAACAUGUACAACAUUACUCUAGAGAAUUUUGCUAUGUUCUUUGAACAUCAUGAGCAUAUAGAUUACGACCUGCUAUUUUUGUUGCGAAAAUGUCGACGAAUCAAAGAUCUGUGUAUCCAAGCACGAUUGUCGGCGGAUACAGUGAUCAAUAUCAUGAAGCUUCAGCAUCAAGGAAAACUCGCACUGACGUCAAUAAACUUAACUAUUCCGGGUCUAUCAAGUGACGACUGGCACAGAAUUGACCAAGAAAAAGAACGUCUGCUUACAAACGUGGUGGAAUACGUGCACGUCGGCCCGAAUGAGUUCGGUUCAAGCAUUGGUGGAAGCACAAUCACUAUUGAUGACGAGGGUCAAGCAGACGAUUUUCAAAAUGGCGGUGAUGACGCAGACAUCUUGAAUUUUCACAACAUCAUUGAUGUCAAUGUUGAAAUAUCAGAUGACGAGAAUGAUAUAUUCCAACCACCGGACCCCGGUCAUGAAGACGAUGACGAGUUUUUGAUUUGAAUCUUGAUAUAAUAAACGAAAACGAAGUGCGCAUGUUAAGCACGUGAUUCGAAUAAACAUAUUUAUCGUACCAAGCCCACUACGACAUAAUAUGCUCGGGUCUAAUACUCAGUGUGCUUUAAUUUAUUAUUUAAAGAAUUGUAUUCAGUCAACUUUAUUCAUAUAAUUCUGCAAAAUCUAAUGUAAAACUUUUUCCGAACAGAAAUAAUUUUGAUAAAACUAAGUGAUACGGAUGAGCAUACAUGUAUAUGGUGUAAACCGUGUAUAAUUUAAAUGAAAAUUAAACGAAUGCCAAAUUUAA